AUGUCUUCUUCUAAACUUGACCAGUCUCUCGAGGACAUCUCCAAGUCCCGUCGCCAGGGCGGCCGUGCAAACCGUCGCCGCAGUGGCCCAGCCAAGGCUGCCACAAGCAAAGCCCCUGUUGGUGGAGUGAAGAAAAACACCAAGCCUGCCAGGGCCGCUACCAAGAGUGGCGCCAUCGGCCCCAGCUCUCCUGUGAAUGAAAGCAAAAUCAUCGUCAGUGGACUUCCACACGAUGUAGGCGAAAGCAGUAUCAAGGAUUAUUUCACAAAGACAGUCGGCCCUGUGAAGCGGGUCACUGUUACCUACAACCAAAACGGUGUCAGCCGUGGUAUCGCUUCUAUCAUUUUCAGCAAGCCUGACACUGCCGCCAAGGCCGCCAAAGAACUCAACGGAACCCUUGUUGAUGGUCGCCCCAUGAAGGUCGAGGUGGUUGUCGAUGCCACCCAUGCCCCUCAGGUUCCUGCCCCCAAGCCAUUGAGUGAGCGUGUCACUCAAUCCAAGGCUAAGCCCAGGCCCGCCACUGCCACGAAGAAUGCCGCCGCCGCCGGUGGUCGUGGCCGUGUUCGCGCACGUAAGGGUAAAAACCCAACUCAGCGUAAGAAGACUACGGAGGAAUUAGAUGCUGAGAUGGACGACUACUUUGUCGGAUCCGAGAAUGCGCCAGUUGACGCUGCCACCAACGGUGUUGCCCAGCCUGCCGCUAACGGUGAUGAAACCAUGGCUGAGAUUUCUUAA